GCUCACCUGCACCUCUCUGCGACAGGGCAGAAUUGAGCAGAAGCUCAGCUGUUGAGUUAGUAUAUCUGCCGUAUAAAAAGCAUCUUCAGCUGGCGCACAAAUUUUAAUCAGCUCGAAAAGCUGCGUCCGUCCACAACAGAGAGAAAACAAUCGCGGAAUCGAAUCACGAACGAAUCGUAUACGAAACACUCGUGUUGAAAGUGCAAGUGAAGCCAACCAAAAGAAUAAAAAUGCAUUCAAAUAAAUCUGUGGUUUAUCUGCUGCUCAUCGGACUGGCGCUGCAGCUAAUGCUGACGCUGACUGUGGUGCUGGCGGACGUGUCGCAUCUGGAUUACUCAAACUCACCGAGCUCCCAGUUGGGCGCCUAUCACUAUCCAACACCACGUAUCCAACUGCAAGAACAACAGCGGCCACGCUCGCAUCAGCAGAUUGCACGACAAUUUGUGGAUCCGUCGCUGGAGCAUGUGGCCUUUACCCAGGUGCUGACCCGUAGUGGUUAUGUCUUUGGCAAUGGUAUCAAUGGUAAUGGCAACAAGGCAGCUGGCUCCGCACCACUACAAGCAACAGUUUCAGCGAAGGGCCGUUCGAUAGGUUCGACAUCGACUUUAUCGGAUAGCAACUCACUGAAUCUGAAGCUGCCGGUGCCCUUCGGAGCGAUGCCCCUGAAUGUGGCACAUCUGCCGUUGCAGGCAGGUGCCUCAUACGCCACACUGCCGCACACUACCGGACUUACCUCCUAUGGAACGGCGCAAAUUCAGCGGCGCUAGUGACACCACAUACACUCAUGUAUUUGUUAAGCUUCAAUCUUAGUUUAUAUUUAAAUAUUUAGUUAAAACCACAGAGCCAACUGACUGUUUAAAUAUCACUCUGUGAAUCAUUGAUAGUGAAUACCUCGAAAUAUGCUCAAAAAAAAAAUAAAGUAAAAGCUA